GGCACCCUUGGCGCAUGCGCAGUGAGCGUGUCGAGGCAGAUCCCGCGCAAUUCGGCGACUUUGUGGACGUGUUUUUGGUUCGCCGCACUCAAACCUGGAGAUUUCACGGUGUCUGUCUGGACGGAACAUUGAGCCUGCCCCAAGAUGUCCUCCUCCUCGUGACAUUCCUAUGUUCAAGCCCCAAAAAUGAUGCUGUGCUCGAGUGGAGCCUCAAAAUCAACAAGGCCGAGGCAGAGUUCAAAGAUCAAAACGCAGCAGCUGUCUGCCUCCUCCCAUUGCUUGCAUCCUACUUUCAAGAAAACCUCGGAGAGCUCUUCCAGUUACAUCAGGUGAUAACAGAAAUCACAGAGGAGUUUCGUAACAGUCUGCCUGCUUCUCCUGUAAUUGUUGCACUGGGCCGCUCACUUUUCGAAUGCAGCUGCCAGCUGUUUGUGGACCAUGAGGUGAUGGUGGAAGAUGUGGGCUUUCUGCAAGCUGUGGAGCUCCUUUUCGCCCUUUAUUAUUGUUUAAACAUCCAGUAUGCCAAAGGUGCGGGAACCACACUUGAGUUCAUUCAGAGAUACCAGGUUGGUAUCAAACAACAUGAUGGGUCACGGCAGGAGGCCGGGAGGUCGAAAGGAGCUCGGGCAAGAGCAAUCAAAGCCGCCACAGAUCUUGCUGCUUUUGAGAAAAAAUGGAACAGUGAGUACAUAUUUGAUUUGGCAUGUCUCAUCUGA